AGCUCUUUUCAUUAUUUUCUCCAUUCAUGUAUCCAAUUUAUCAGCUACAUCACCUUAUUUAAAAAACCAUACUCUAGCUAGCUACUGAGUACUAAUAAAACCUCUUUUAUAUUCCAUUAGGUCUGCAAAAAAGUGUUUUUCUUGGAUGAUAUUAUUAUUUUGCUAGCUUCUGUGUUUGUUUCUCAUUAUCAAUUCUCUUUUCUUAGUAUUAUUGUUAUUAUUACUCUGGUGGGUCCUUGAAAGUUGGGCAUGUGAUUUGGAUGAAGAUGCUCGCUGGAUUUCUUGCACUAUUUAAUUCAUUGAUUGAUUUUCAUGAUUGGAUAGGAAGUUUCUGACCUAAUUUUUUAGGCCUUGGUGCUGAGAAGUGAGAACUAGGAUUUGAAAUUGUUUUGAGCUUUAAACUUGUGAUUGAGAAAGGUUGCAUAGCAAUUUGCAUAGACUAGUUGUUCAAUUUUGGAACAAGAUGUCUGAGAGGAAAUUGAACAUCAAUGCUCCUCUCAUGUCUGUGAGACGAAAUUCAGCUACGUCGCCGUCCUUAACCGCAUCAAAGAAGAAAAUGUUAGAGAAACGCCACACUCUUGCAAGUUACAAAUCAGACAUGACAUUGGAACAGGUAACAGAACCUGUUGCAGUGCCUUUCAAUUGGGAGCAUAUCCCUGGAAGAUGCAAAGGUAGUAAUGGCAAUGGAUCUGAACCUCAAAUUCCUUUUAAAAACACCUCAAUCACUCCAAUUCCAAGGCUUCCUCCUGGAAAAUCUACCAAAUCUGCCAAUCAACCUUUGGAAAAGGAAUGCAAUGUUGCAAAUAAAUUCACUUCCUCAAACAAAACAAAGUCUUUCAGUGGCAAUUUGGUUAAACUAUAUUGUGAAAGAGAAAGAGAAAGUGAGAAAAAAAUUGAGAAUAGAAGGUCUAAUGUCAAGGAGAAAGAGGAUGAGGAGACUGAUGAUGUUUAUUCAGAUGCACUUGAAACACUGUCACAUACAGAAUCAUUCUCUAUGAAUUGCAGUGUGAGUGGUGUAAGUGGAUUAGAUAAUUUUGAUGCUAAGAAGUUUGGAACAUUUUCUACAGAUCAACAAACAAGAGAAUUCAUGAUGAAUCGGUUUUUGCCGGCUGCAAAGGCUAUGACAAUACAACCUUCUCAAUAUUCUUCAAAAAAGCAAUCUGUAGUACUAGUGGAACAACAGCUUAGAGAUAUUAACAAAUUGGUUCAGAAUGCAAAGAAGCCCCUGGUUAAUAAACACACCACUGAUAUUAUACCAUAUACUGGUCAAGUUCAAGACGAUGAAAGUGAAGAUGAAAGUGAUGUUUAUGACAAUGACAAUUCUGCUAGUAUGUUGAGUAAAGGAUGUGGUUUGUUACCUAAUUUACAUAUUAGGAAUUCAUUGUCCUUGUUAAAUCCUGUGGCUGGAAUUAAAAUGAAGAACCAAGGUCCCUUGAUUUCUGCUUCUGAGGUUGGAAAAACUAACAAAAGCUCUCAUAUUAGAUCUUUUAGUCCAGUUCCAGCAGUAAAGAAGGCUUGGGAAGCAAUUCACAAGAACAAGUCAAGCAAUGUAGUUGCACCACCUGAGAUGCAAGAAGGAAAGAAGAAAUGGAGCAUUGAAUCAAACAGGUUUGGUUUUUCGGGCGAGUUGCUUCCAGGUAGACUCUCUCCCUUCCGGCGUUCACGAGCGGCUGCUGCAAGCAUAUCUCCCUGCAGAAGUAAACCACAAUCUCCAUUUCAGGGCGUGAAGUUGCUCGGUGAUUCUAAAGAGACUGAAAUCAAUAAAUCAGGCAAUUUGAAAUUCUACAGCACUGGACUUGGUAAAGUACAAGGGGUUCCAAACCAAGGAGCCAAAAGAAGUUCAUAUUCAGGAAGUUUGGCAAUUGAAAAGACAUUGUAUAUAGAUACUUCUAGUACUGUCAAAUUACCAUCUACAAAUUUAAAUUCUGUUGAUAAUAACAAAAGGAGAAUGGAUACUAUGAUUUCAGAAUUGGACAAAAGAAGAGGGAAAGAAAGUAAUUAUAGCAUAGAAAUUUCUCAAGCUUUGGAUUCGGAAGAAAAGGUGACAUUGGAUUAUGAAGUGUUAACUUCUUUGGGUGGAAAUUCUUCAACUUUGUCUGGUAUGCUAAAUCAUAUAGCCAAAGAAUAUGAAGAUGAAGUAUUGACAACUAAUCAAGAUGUUAACCGAGAGUGUGCGUCUUUGGAACCUGAUCAAGGGACUAUUACUGAAGAUUCAGAGACUAACAACAACAAACAAAUUGUGUUGGUUAAUGGUUCAGGAAAAGGUGGUGUUGAAUCUGCUUUAUCUCAUCUUACUCCACCAUUGCCAAAGUCACCUUCUGAGUCUUGGCUUUGGCGUGCCCUGCCUAUAAACUCCCUCAAGAAUUCUUUAUUGCAUUCAAAUCAUGCUAAAAGGAAUGAUUCUAAUACAGCAUCCAGUAAAGUGAAGUGGGAAACAAUAGUGAAAACUUCAAAUUUGCAUCAUGAUCAUGUUCGUUAUUCUCAGGAACUACCAAGACAUAAAUAUCAGCAUUCAAAAUCUUAGAGAUGAAACUGAGUGACUUUACUAGCAUGUUAUGGUCCAAGCUUUUUGUCUCCUUUUUUUGGAAUUCUAUAUACAGUUUGUGAGAGAAUUCAAAGUUGCUCUGCAACUGUUUUGUAUUGAACGAAUUGAUUGAUUACAAAACGAGAGAUUCAUCCUUAUACAUAAGUAAACAUUAGUCAUAAGUAAAGGUUUAGUAUACUCUAAUACAUAUGGUAUGAAUUCCAAUACAUUAUGGAAUUUUAACUUUAUAGCAUAAGUAAACAUUUGGCAUAGUUGAUUAGAUUUUUACAUUAGUCAACACCUUUCAUCCCAAAAGAAAACGUUGGAUUUAUAUUAUUUAAUCCAUAAAGCUAUAUUUAUGUCAA